UGCGCCAGGAGAUGUUAGACUUGGCUCCUCCGAAGGAGAUUUUUGACGACGUGUGUCGAAGAAAUCCUGCAGUGGCGAUAAAUUUUUCGUUUGCGGUAAUAGAAAGUGCAAUACAACGCGUUCGCACAAAAUUGAGGCCGGCUACACGUGCGACCUUACGAGACCUUGGCGCGGUAUUGAUCGAUUACGCGCCAACUGAACAAUCGUAUCGAGGAGUCAUCGAAGCAACCGAUGGAUCCGUGGCGGUGAUGUUCGCGAGCGAGAAGAUGCUGCGACGAUUGGGGAAUUCACCGGAAAUUUAUGUGGACGGAACGUUCAAGGUUGUCCCCAAUAGCCCGCCAAUCGCCCAACUGUACACGAUCCAUAUGCGCGUGAUGGAUACUGGACUAGCGGCUGUAUUCAUAUUGUGUAGUGCGAAGACAAAGGCACUAUGUACAGCUGUUUUUCGAAAAAUAUUGGAACUUGCAACCGAAAUCGAACAAAGUCUACGUUUCGCCAUGGGCGAUUAUGAACACGCGGCUAUGAGCGCUCUGCGCGAAUUGUUUCCCGCGGUCAGCCUACAUGGGUGCUGGUUUUAUUUUUAACAAGUGAAGCACGUGGAAUACGUUUGAAUUAUUUAGAUAAAAACAGUGUGUUCUCGGACGGUUGUCA